AUGAGUGUGUUUGUUAUCAUUCCUGAAUCCAUCCUCGCAGCAGCAGCAACAGGACAAGUUGAUCCCAAUGUGAUCACUAGUAUGGACGACGACGAGUCUGAAGUUGAGAACUCGUCAGAAUUUCCGUUUGUGUUCGACCAGGAAACUUCCAGUUUCGCCGACUCUGUAGAACUCCAUAAACAACGAUGCCCGCUGCUGUCCCGUCGCCAUGUUGACGGUGAGGGGGAUGAGCACGAGGAUCUCGAAUCACACAGCAACUCAUAUCAUAUGCCGCUGAAUGAUAGCAACGAAUGUUACGAAGAUUUCGCAUCAUACACUGACUACGAUGUUCCACUGAAUGACAGCAGUGAGGGAAAGAUUGGACCCAGUGCCGUGACCAUCCCCCACAGAAGGCGAAGGCUCGUUUCAUUGGACUCGCAUGUGCAUCAAAGCCAUGAGGAAUAUGGAAACGAUGAAUUUGGUGAGGAUUAUGACGAAGAUAGCAUCGAUUUUCCAUCUUUUCAAUUUUCACAGCCAUUGUCUAUGAGCGAGCAAAUAUGUCAAGGUACUGCUUGCAAUUAG